GACAAAUCACAAUUGCUGUGCAGUGUGCACUGUGCAAGCUUCAGCAGUAGUAGUAGUUGGCUUUGCGCCUUGUUUGGUUGGCAACUUCAAUUACCAUAAUUAUUAUUAUUAAUCUGUUUUCUCUCUUCUCCACCUUCUUCGCCCAUAACCUAUUCACCGCUGACCUAAUUCUUCUCUCACUAUGAUGGUGAAACUGAAACCCCUUCUGCAUCUCUCUCUUCUACUUUUCGUGCUCUUCUCUUCUUCCACCGAAUCCCUCCGAUUCGAACUCCAAUCUGGCCACACCAAAUGCAUCUCCGAAGACAUCAAGAGCAAUUCCAUGACCGUCGGCAAGUACCUCAUCGUUAAUCCCAGCGAGGGCUACCCUUUGCCCGAUUCUCACAGAGUCACCGUCAGGGUGACUUCGUCUUAUGGGAACAACUAUCACUACGGGGAUCGCGUUCAAAACGGGCAGUUUGCGUUCGUGGCAGUGGAGGCUGGAGAUUACAUGACUUGUUUUUGGGCUGUGGAUCACAACCCCGCCUCAACGUUGACUGUGGAUUUUGAAUGGAAAACGGGUGUGGCAGCCAAGGAUUGGUCUAAUGUUGCGAAGAAAGGCCAAGUUGAUGUAAUGGAGCUAGAACUAAAAAAGUUGCAGGAUACUGUUUCUUCCAUUCAUGAAGAAAUGUUUUAUCUUCGAGAAAGAGAAGAAGAAAUGCAGGAACUCAAUAGAACAACCAACAGCAGAAUGUUCUGGUUGAGUUUGCUUUCGCUCGUUGUAUGCUUAUCCGUAGCUGGGUUGCAACUAUGGCACUUGAAGAGCUUCUUCGAGAAAAAGAAACUGAUUUAAAUUUUGUGACAGUUUUUACAAUUUUCUUAUGUACUCUUGUAAAAUAUGCCGGCAUUAAUUUAUCGAGUGGAUACGCAUAAUGGUAGUCAGUAUAAUCUCAGAAUAUUUCGUUGUUUAACGCAAAUCAAAGUUAUGGCAAUUGGCAACAUGUUUCAAAGGAAA